UUUUCUUAUAUUAUUUUUAUGUAAGAAAGUAGGGUUCUAAGCUUUUUAGUGGCUGCCUAACUGUUUAGAAACGCUAAUUAAGACAGUGUUAGGUUUCCUCCUUCCUUCACCUUGCAAAGCCGCAGACCGACUGUACGGACGCCGUCUUUCUAUGGCUUGACUGCUCCCAAAAAUAAGUCAGAGCCUGUCAGUCUCUCGAACAUGCUUUCCGUUGUCACUGUUAAUUUUUUCUAAAGCUUGCAGAGCAUAGCGUUGCCGUUCUUCGACGGGUUCUGCUUACCUACCCGCAGCGGUGGACAGAUCGCGACGCGCGAGACAAGAAUCUCCAAGUGCGGGACCCCUCCCUCAUAAACUUUGAGCGACCAACGACCACGGACUCAUCAUUCCUACCACAACUUUUUCGAGGGCCUCCGCCCACAUCCACCGGCGCCCGCCGGCCGUGGCACGGUGGUCUUUGCCCAGCGAGUGGACAAACAUGUCGCGCCCCUCGAGGUACAUCUGGUUCGGCAGACCUACGCCGGACGGUAGCACCAGCACCAGCAACACCCCCUCCAACUGUCGAUCCAAAACCGCGGGCGUGCGUGAGCUUGCCGUAGUCAUCGAGAAUAUACCGACCUACCGCCGCUACAAGCCUGGUACUGGCCCACGCCUAGCCCCGAUAACCCUACUUCCGGUACACGACACUACCGCCUAUAUCCGCGACGAGUUCUUCGUUCCACCCGCGCUCUCUGUUGAUGGCAAGAAGCGUCUGCUGUACGUCGUGGGCUGGACCGACCUCCCCGCCGCGCGGCUACAGGUCGACGCCGAAAGAAUAUGUGACUACGUCUCGCCGAGGGCGUACGAGGAGUGGUGCGCCGCGCGAGCUGCCGAGCGGGAUGAGGAGGAGCGCAGGGCCGAGGAGGAGGAGAACGUGCGCGCCGUAGAGGAAGCCGAGGCAAGGGAGAAGGGGAUAUUCAAGAGGAGUGCAGUCAAGAGCUCCCUCCCCAGGGGGAAAAAAAGGAACCGACCAGUUGCGGACCGGGCAAGAACGCCGCCCCCGAAAACGAAUUGGGAGAAGACGAAGAAGCCGGGUCGACCGAGGAAGGAAGCGCCGUCGCUGUCUACCCCCUCAAAGAGCACAGUCUUACAGGAAGUGGAGGCUUCGAAUGACGACAAUGACGUUGAUAUGGAAGAGGCGAUAUUCCGGCAGCUGAAUGGGGAGGAACCGAUGUCGACUGAAGGAUCCUACGACUUAGGCGAAGGGAGCAGUGUCCCGAGCAUAUUGGAGCCGUUGGCGAAGAAGCGAAGAAUCAAAUCGCCAAGACCGACGCUAUCAAGAUUGCUAUCGGGCAUCGAGACGGACAGCAGCAGGAGUACGCCCUUUGAAUCUUCCAGAGGAGGCACUAGCUCGCCAGCAUUACCGCCAUUACCUAAACCUUAUGCUGCUCCACAAGCGGCCCGGCCACGGGAUACCCCUAUCUUGCCUCCCGUACCGCCGGCCUCCACCCUCCAGACGUCAACACCCACCGCCCCGCGGACUAAGACCAAGACACAACCACAAAAGCGGUCUCUCCUCUCGAUACGGGAUCCUCCCUCCACACCCCAAAAGCCGUCAUCCAUGGCUCAGACUCCGACCCCCAAAGCUCAAAUCAUCCCGCCACGAGCACCGGCAACCGCACCACCAGCCAUCAAACAGCCAUUAGACGUAGACGACUCUACAACAUUCCAUACUCCAACUCCUAGGACUAGCUUCACCCCUCUGAUUCAGAACACAACACCAUGGACCAUCUCCCUCGCGGCGUCCAAGAACUUCGCCAACCUCACACCCUCACAGCCGAUCCGGUCUGUAGAACAGGCAUCUUCAUCGACACCAAAACCGACGCUACCCAAGCCGGCGAUGCACGACCACACGUCACCCCUCAAAGCAACCCAAUCCGCACCACCCGUCACAACCGCCGGCAGCACACAGGCCGUGGCGAAGUCGCUGCCCGCCCAAGAAGAACAAGAGCUCCCCGAAGAAAACAACAUCUACGAGGUCCUCAGCCUCGAAGGCGUUCAAGAGCGCAUCGUCCGCGGAAAACGCGUCCGCUUCUUCCACGUCCGCUGGAAGGGUGUCUGGCCGCCCGGUCAGAACCCGACCUGGGAGCCCGAGGCCAACAUUCCCCGGUCUCUCAUCAAGAAGUACUUCCUGGCACACCCGCAGUCGCACCCUCAGGGCCGUAAGACGGGGGCAAUGGACAAGUACCUUGUCCCGUCCUGGCCGCACCGCAAGUACUCGUCCGUUUCAGAGGCCUUUGAGGGGGGGGAUGCGGACGACGAAGCGGGCGGGGGCGGCUACGCCGACGGUAGCGAGGAUGCGGUCGAGGACGACGGCGAUGAGGAGGAGCAUAUUGGCAAUGAGAUGCUGCUUGUUACGGACGAGCCGACGCAGCCUGCCAAACCCACGCUUUCUUGGUGAAAUGAGGUUUCCCGAUGGGUGGGGCACGAGAUACAAUCAGCCAUGGGCAUUUACGACCAGGAGUAAUGGGAUUCUGGGGCCAGCGGGGUUGUUGGUUCCUGUGUUUUCGUCAAGCCUCUUUUUGGAGUCAAUCUGGACUUAGUUUAGUCUUUAAUUGGGGGGAGAGUGCCCCUGUCUACCUCGGCGGCGAUGAAAGUAUGGUCAGUGUUACCACAGGGCGCUGGCCUACACGUAUGCUCACACGGGGUGCCUGAAAUGUCGCAGAAUGUUGCCAUGGCCCGACUGCAUACCAAAUAUCACAAGUUCCAAAAAAAAAAAAAAAAAA